UCAACAAAACAAAUGUGCACGACAUUAUAUUCGAGACAAAUACGAAAUUGUUUUUAUUUAUUUAGAAAAUCAUGACAGAAAUUUCAAUUGGUGGUGAUACAAAAAAAUUAGAAUUAAAUUGUAAUAAGAAAUUAAGCGGAUUUGUGAGCAAAUUAAAUCAGUAUGCAAUUAAUCUGAAGAAACAUUCGACGGAGCUGAAACAAAUCGCAGGAGAUUUGGUGAUGAAAUCACAACAACUACAGAAAUUGGAAAAUAUCAAACCGGAGAAUUUGCGAUGUUAUUCUAUGGACCAAAGAGACAGAGUCUUGGCAGAGAUUUUGUAUCAAAUGAAUCAAAAAGUUAUUACUGCCAAUCAAUUAAUCAAAGAGGUAGAGGAAUUUCACACUGAAUUGAAGGUAGAUUUUCAAAACCUUUCGGCCUCCGCAUGUUCACUUCAAAUAAUCACAACCGAAGGUUCGAUAAUAGCCGGUGAUCACAAGCAAAAACCAAUAUCCUAUUACUUGGAGGAGGCAUGCCAAAUCUUGUACACAUGGAAACUUUACCAGCAAUCCUUAAAUCUGUCGCUGUCUCAAAUCGAAGUGAGAAACGAUGAAUCAAUCAGGCAAUUCGAGACCGUAACUCAAUUGAAUGCGAGUCUAUCAAUGAAUCUCGACCGAUAUUUGCUAUUUUCAACAUUUUUGCUCGCACAGAAGUGAAAUUCGAAACGUUGCGCAUUUCAAUUCAAAGAGAUUGCAAUAUUGUGAUAAUUUUGUUUGUUGCUUUUAUUUUUUUGAGCUGUACAAAUAAAAUCCGACAAAAAUAAAUAAC